AUGUUAUCGCUAUGAACUUGCUGCAUGUAUCACUGUACAAUAUCAGCAAAACACUUCAUAAAAUUCAUUCGGUUUGCGAUAAACAUAAGCGAUACGAUACAGAUUUUGAACUAUCGGCAUUGUCGUAAUGUCAUUUGCUGCUUGGAGACUGUGCAAAAUGUCAAAAUCAGGUGAUGCAAUUAUUGCGACCGUUUAAUGGAGAAUUGAGUUGGUUAUGUGCAAUGUGAAUCGUUUCAAAUUCGAAUCUGCGACUGUGAUAUUUGAAGAUUUAAAUAAUCACAGUAUCCUUUGAUUCCAAGUUAAUUGGUUUAUUCGUUCCGAUUCCAAUUUUUCGACUGGGAAUUUAGUUUUUGUGCAUGUGUAUUCAUUAUUUAAAGGGAAAAGAUUCUUUUCAAAAGACACGAAAGUUUAAAUAAAAUAUUUGAAAAUAAAAAACGAAGAAAAAGUCUAUAAAAAGUAAUAAUAAAGAAAAACAGUUUGAAUAAUUUUCUAAAAAAAAAAACAUUUUCACCACAAUCAUUGUGAACAUCUUUUCCAUAAGAAACAUUGCAAGAGAAAAAAACCACAAAUAUAGAAACCCAUUCUAACGAAAUAUACAUCACAUCCACACUUUGAAAUACGGUGCGCAGUGUUGCCAGCAUAAGAACCACGAAAAAAAGAGAAUCGCCGCACUUCGCCCGACGGAAUGUGAGUGUGUAUUGGUCGCACUGAGCCAAAAACAGCAGUUGAAUUUCGAACAGUAAGAGUAUCGUCAAGUCAAGCGCAUACACACAACAAUUCAGAUCGCAAAUUGCAAUACACACGGCCAGACGUCAAACAUAUAGAAAAAUCAAUUUAUUGAGAACGAAAAGAGAAACGAAUUUUGUUCUUUUGUUGUGAAUGUUUUAAUUUUAGUUGAUAUUUUUGAUUCGUUGUUGUGUUGAACAUUUUACAAAAUCAUAAGAAAACGCGUAUUUGUUUGUGUCUGUUCAUAUAUUUCUUGUGAAACUGUGUCUGCUGCUGAACAUUGUCCAGAGUCAACACGAAGUGAAUUCAACGAGAAAUUUAUCCGAGAAUAUAGAAGCUUAGAACGAGUUUGGUUUUCUUUCAUUCGUUGUGUGUAUUGUGCAGAAACAGCAACCAAAUAAAUCCGAAUGAGUGUCGUCUGAUUAUCUGUUUCUUCGGAACGUGGUAAUAAAUAAGGCGUAAAUUCAAUUCAAUUCAAUACUCAGAUAGACUAGAGUCUAGACAAAGGUCAAAAUGGAAGAGGAUACAGAAUACAAGAAAUUGCCCGUCGACGAGCGUUGUGUACACAAAUUGUGGAAGGCACGUCUGGAUGGUUAUGAGGAGUUGAUCAAAAUAUUUCGAGGCAUCGACGAUGAAAAAGCACCCGAAUGGAAUAAAUACUUAGGUUUAGUUAAGAAAUUUGUGAUUGAUAGCCAUGCAAUGGCACAGGAACGUGGCCUCGAAGCGACACUCAUUUAUGUCGAAAAUGCUGGAUGUGCUGGUAAAACGGUCAACGAUGUCAUGGGUGGCCUGGUGACAAAAUGCUUUUCAGCGCCAAAAGCCAAAGUCAAGGAUUUGGCAUUUCAGAUUGCAUUGAUGUACAUCGAAAUUGAGAAACAAGAUGCAGCCGUCGAUGAAUUGGUUAAAGGCUUGGAUGCGAAAAAUCCGAAAAUUGUCGUGGCUACCAUCGUUGUGUUGACACAAGCAUUACGUGAAUUUGGAAAUAAGGUCGUCGGAAUCAAACCGUUUAUUAAGAAAAUUCCCGUACUGCUGGCCGACCGUGAUAAGAAUGUGCGUGACGAAGCUAAGCAGUUGACCAUCGAAAUUUUCAGAUGGAUUGGACCAGCAUUGAAACCACACAUUGCUUCGAUAGCUGCCGUUCUUUUGACCGAGCUAGAAACGGAAUUUGACAAAAUUAAAAACGAAAAACCGGAACCGACACGUUAUUUGAAAUCACAGCAAGAGAAACAAAGUGCGCUCAAAUCAGCGGCUGCCGGUGAUGAAGAAGGCGAUGCCGACGAUGAGGAUAGUAAUCAACGCGAAGAAGUCGAUCCUUUGGAUCUCAUCGACCCAGUAGACAUUCUAUCAAAAUUGCCGAAAGAUUUCUACGAUAAACUCGAAGCGAAGAAGUGGCAAGAGCGUAAAGAAUCACUAGAAGCACUGCAAAAAUUGUUGGAAAAUCCGAAAUUAGAGAGUGGCGACUAUGGUGAUUGUGUGAAGGCUUUGAAAAAAGUGCUCACUAAAGAUACGAAUGUGGUUCUCGUUGCUAUGGCUGGCAAAUGUUUAGCAUGCUUGGCAAAGGGUUUGGGCAAGAAGUUCACACCGUAUGCAUUGGCCUGUGUGUCAGGCAUUUUGGAGAAGUUCAAAGAGAAGAAAACCAAUGUUGUGGCAGCAUUGCGUGAAGCCAUCGAUGCAAUUUACCCAUCAACCACAUUGGAAGCAAUGCAAGAAGAUUUGUUGGAAGCAUUGAAUAACAAAAAUCCCAGUAUCAAAGCGGAGACGGCGUCAUUUUUGGCUAGAGCCGUUGCACGCACACAACCAGCUGUUCUUAAUAAGAAAUUGAUCAAAGCAUAUUCUACGGCAUUGUUGAAGACGCUCAACGAAUCAGAUCCAACGGUUCGUGAUAGUUCGGCCGAGGCAUUGGGAACGUUACUUAAACUGUUGGGAGAAAAGGCAGUCGGCCCGCAUCUUGUCGAUGUGGACGCUUUGAAAAUGGCCAAAAUCAAAGAAUGUUCGGAAAAAGCAGAAAUAUUUGUGAAAACUGCGGCAGCACCGAAGAAAGAACGGCCAACCACGGCACCGGUGAAGGCAUCUGCAACCGCAACUAAAGCUGGUUCAGCUGAACCAAAAUCUGUGACCCGACCGGCUUCUGGAGCCGUCGCGAGAAAGGCACCGGCAGCCAAAAAACCCGCUGCAAGCAAUGCGGUACAAAAAUCGGCCAGUUCAACAAAAGCAACUCUGCCAUCUGAACGAGAAAUGACACCGGAAGAGGUGGACGAAAAAGCAACCGAACUGCUGUCCGGUGAAAUUUUAUCUGGUCUAGUCGAUUCAAAUUGGAAGAAUCGUUUAUCAACCGCCGAAACGUUCGUAGGUUCAAUCGAUGGCAUCGAAUCGAAAGCUGGAAAUUCACAAGUUUUGGCACGAACGCUGUGCAAGAAGCCCGGCUUGAAAGAGACGAACUUCCAAGUGUUGAAAUUGAAACUCGACGCAUUGGCUGCAAUCACCGAAAAACUCGGAAUGACCACAACAACAGCUGAAUCAUUUUUAACCGAAAUCGUUGCACUGUUGGCCGAUUCAAAGAACAGCGCAGGGGCUAAUCAAGUGUUAACCGCUGUAGCCGAAGCCAUUCAACUCGAAUAUGUUGUGUCAAAGGUGAUUACGAUUGCUUUUGAACAAAAAUCGCCAAAGGUGCAAUCUGAAGCACUGAAUUGGGUUGGCGGUGCGAUUAAAGAAUUCGGAAUGCAAGUCAACCCAAAAACAUUAUUGGAUGAUGUGAAGAAAGCUGUUCAGAGUAUCAACCCAGCCGUUCGACAGGCAGCAAUUCAAUUAGUUGGCAUCAUGCACUUGUACAUGGGAAACACAUUGGCGAUGUUCUUUGACAGCGAAAAGCCAGCGUUGAAGCAACAAAUUCAAGCCGAAUUCGAUAAAAAUGCCGAUCAAAAGCCACCCAAGCCAACACGUGGUGCAAAUAAAUCAUCAAGCAGUGGCUCAGUCAAUGAGGAGGAAAACGAUGAGGACGAUCAACCCGAAAUCAAACUAAGCGACAUGUUGCCUCGUGUCGACAUUUCGUCGCAGAUUACCGAAGCGCUGAUUGCUGAAAUGUCGGAUAAAAACUGGAAAACUCGCAACGAAGGCCUUACAAAGUUACAAGGAAUUUUGAACGAAGCCAAAUUGAUUAAACCAAGCAUUGGAGAUUUGCCACAAGCAUUGGGACAUCGAUUGGUCGACAGCAAUGCGAAAAUUGCACAAACAUCGAUGUCAAUAUGUCAGCAGCUGGCCGAAGCCAUGGGACCGGCUUGUAAGCAACACGUUCGAGUCUUAUUCCCAGGAUUUUUGAAUGGAUUGAGCGACAGUAAGGCAGUGAUGCGAUCGACUGCUAUUCAAUGUAUGAAUGCAUGGGGCGAACAAUGCGGUUACAAGGAAUUCUUCGACGGUGAAAUGAUUGCUGAGGCACUUAAAACCGGUAAUCCAUCGCUGCGAACCGAAUUGUGGGGCUGGUUGAGUGAGAAAUUGCCAACGCUUCCACCAAAAUCCAUACCAAAAGAUGAAAUACUCGCAAGUUUGCCGUAUCUCUACGCAAGCGUAUGUGAUCGCAAUGCUGAUGUGCGUAAGAAUGCAAAUGAAGCCGUGCUUGGAUGCAUGCUACACGUGGGCUAUGAGCCGAUGGUAAAAGCAUUGGAGCAUCAAAAACCAGCAUCGAAAAAAACAAUUUUAACCUCAUUGGAUAAGGCACGUCCUAGUUUACCUGUUAAACCGCUACCGAAGGGCAAGGGAUUGAUAGCACCAAUUGAAGAAUCAAAACCGGCCACAAAGACGGUUGGUGGAAAAACACAAAAAGUACCGACACCCGUCAAUAAGCCAGCUGCAUCACGCAAGAAGGAUGAAGAUGUUGACACAUCACCACUGCUAUCGAUAAACAACCUGAAGAAUCAGCGAAUGCUCGACGAACAAAAACUCAAGGUGUUGAAAUGGGCAUUCACAACGCCUCGCGAUGAAUUCACCGAUUUGUUACGCGAUCAAAUGACAACGGCCGGUCUCAACAAAAAUCUUUUGGCCAAUAUGUUCCAUGAAGAUUUCCGGUAUCAUUUAAAAGUUAUCGAAGCAUUGCAAGAAGACUUGAAUUCGAAUCAAAAAGCCCUAAUUUGUAAUUUAGAUUUGAUUUUGAAAUGGAUUUCGUUGCGUUUCUAUGAUACAAAUCCAUCGGUGCUGCUAAAAGGAUUGGAUUACUUGAAUUUGGUCAUGCAAAUGUUGAUCGCCAGUGAAUAUGAUAUGAGCGAAACGGAAGGGACCAGCUUUUUGCCGCAUCUCUUGGUGAAAUUGGGUGAUCCAAAGGAUGCCGUUCGUAAUGGUGUGCGAUCGUUGUUCCGGCAAAUUUGUCUUACAUAUCCAUUCACAAAAGUUUUCACCUGCAUCAUGGAAGGCUUGAAAUCGAAAAAUGCCCGACAACGAACCGAGUGCUUGGAUGAAUUGGGUUAUCUAAUUGAAACGUAUGGCAUGGGUGCAUGUCAACCAUCGGCACAAAUUGCACUGAAGGAAAUCGCAAAACAUAUUGCCGAUCGAGAUAAUUCGGUGCGAAGUGCAGCAUUGAAUUGUGUCGUUCAAGCCUAUUUCAUCGUUGAUGAAAGGGUGUACCGACUGAUUGGUCAAUUGUCGGAAAAAGAUUUAUCCAUGUUGGAUGAACGCAUUAAACGUGCGAAGAAAACACGAAAAGUACCCGCUGAAGUGCCAAUGAAACCAGUAGCUGUAAUCAAACCAGACAUUGUCGAUGAUGACGAGCCCAUGGAAGAAGAUGAACGUGAGCCCGAACCACAAGAAUCUCCACAAACACAAGUCGUUGUACAAGAACCUCACGAAAUUCAACGCACGAAACCGAGUGGACCAUUCAAGCUGGAUCAAGAAUUCAUCAGCGAUAUCGAAAGAGACUGGGUUCGAAGCGAUCAAUGGCAAAUACCCAAGCCAUUGGAUGUAAAAACCGACUUUUUACACUCGCCGUUGAAAUCGGCUGAUGUGAACGGUGUUUCCUAUCCAGCCGAACGAUUACAGCGAUUGAUUUCAAGCGCUCCACAUCAACAACAUAUGAUGUCACCCGUUAGUCAUGGUAUAAACUACAACAUGAACACAACCAUUGCAAUGCAGAACACAUCACCAACAGCAGCUCAGAAUUUGCCUGAUAUUUUACCCAAAUUGGAUCCAAAUUUAAUGCGAAUUUUGCGUUCAGUCGGAAGCUCAGACACAAUUACAGCCCGAGCUGGUUUGAAUGAGCUGAAUGAUAUACUGGAGUCACCUGAAAAACAAGCAGCCCUUCGCGACUAUGAGGAAAUUUAUAUUGAAAAUGUUUGCCUUCAAUUGAAAAAUUUGUCACAGAUCCCAGUGUCAGAUGCGUUGGCAAUCUAUCAACCGUUGCUAUCGAGCAUCUAUUCAUUUUACACAUCACGUACGCUUGGCAAGAAUGUUGGCAUCGAACCGUUGAAAAAAUUUAUGGCAUUGAUCAUUGGUUUGAUGGUUGAACAAAAGCUUCCGAACAGUGAAGAGAACGAGUAUACCAAAGUGGUUAACGGCAUUUGUUUAAAGAUAUUCGACAAGUCCAAUUUCACGAAUAUCAUUUGCGCAUUGAUUCGCCUAUUGAAAGAAACCUGUUCAGGGGCUGGUUUGCCCAAAUUCACCGACCUCCUUAUGAAAUGCAUUUGGCGUAAUGUGAAAAAUCUACCGGAGAAAUCGAAUGAAAUCGAUUACGAUGCCAUUUUGCUGGAGGUACACGAUUUUAUGGUUCAAUUACCGUCAUCAUAUUGGCACCAAAGACACGCGGACACACCAUAUCGUACAGUCAAAACGAUUAUUCAUCAUUUGGCCCAAAUUAAAGGCAAUAAUAUACUGCAACAUCUGUCGAAAAUUCCAACACAUUCAGAACUCUAUUCCUACUUGCUGAAGGUUCUUAAGAACAUUCAAAAGGAUGGUCAGACCAAUGGCGGUCGAACACAGACCACACCAUCGAAAAAGAAUACAGUACAAAGUCACGAAGCGGUUUCGGCUAUAUUCAAACUCAUUUCCGACAAGGAAACUAAACAAGAGGGCAUUCAGAAAUUAUACGAAUUUAAGAUUAAAAAUCCCGAUGUUGACAUCGAUCACUAUUUGCAUGGAUCAAAUCCUAUUUUCCGUAAGUUCAUCGAUGAUGGUUUGGCCGAAUUGGAAAGAGCAGCCGCUGAAAAUAAUCAAUCCGAUAACAAAGUGUUGUCAGAGAAUCGAUUCGGCGUAUCGAAAACGAUCGGAAAAGAUCCGGAUUAUUGGAUGGAACGAUUGAAUGCAUUAAAGAAGAAUGCCCGUGGAGCUGAGCAACAGAGCGAUAAUCGAUCGUCCACUGAGAAUCUCAACGUGAAUUUGCUGGCUCCAAAAUCUUUGAUUACACAAAAAGAGACAUCCGAAAAUAUAUCCGCCAAUCGUCUGGAGUUGAUGAAACAGCGUUUGGCACAGGUUCGAUCGCAGAAAUAGAUUAUUGAACGAGAAAAGAAAAACUUUUCAAUCAAAUUUGCAUUAAUAUUUUUCCGUACCCUAUCGUCUUUGUGAAUCGAAUUCGUCCUGUCCAGUGAAAGCAAUUUUUCUUUUGUAUGGAUUGCCCUGAAUAGCGUAAAGCAACUGAAUGGAAAAUUAAAAAUCGUAUUGUUUAUCCUUAUUAUAAUUACAGUCUUAAAACAAAUAACAGAAUUUCAUUGACGAUUAUAUUUCUUUUGCGUCACAUUUUUACACCUCACGGUUGAAUUAUUAUCAUCUUUGUUAUUUCACACAGGAUUAAUCUUAAUACAGAAAAAAAACCAACUCAUUAAUCUAAUUUAUAAUUGAAACACCUUAACUAAUCAUGGGGAAAUAGCGAAGAAAAAGAAAUCAUGUAACAUUUAGAAAGAAUAAAAUAAUCUCCUAUUAAA